AUACUCCAGGGAUUAGCUGGCAUCUACACUCCCAACAGUUGGUGUGAGGGAACAAGGGAGAGAGAGAGAGAAAGCAGAGGGAUUCUUGAUAGCCAGGAGGAGAGAACUGAAGAAGGGAAAAGAGAAGGUGAAGAAGAGAGAAAAGAGUGUGUGUGGGGAGGGAGAUACAUCCUGACUGAAGAAGAAAGCAAAGGGUGACCCAGGACCAGCUAAGCGAAAUUGUGAAAAGAUGAAGGGAUGUCCAGGUGCAGUGGGAUUAUUGUAGAGGAUAUCAGAGAGUGAAGAAAAGAAACAGAGCCUGGACCGUCUUUUCUUAUCUUUGACGGGAUUUCUACUUCAUUUACAAGUAGUUUAAAAGAUUUAAUGAAAUUUCCUGAAGACCAUCAGAAGCUGUGUUAGAGCAAAUGAAUCAGCAUUCUGAACAUUUUCUUCUCCAGGUUGACCCGCGGUUCUGAGUGUCCGCCACACCACACCUUCACUUGCUAACUCUCCCCCAAUACCAACUUUUUGUGGACAACACACAGGCUGGGCCACCAAUCCCCCAAGCCCGGCCUGGCCUUGGCCGGGACAAAGGCUAACCCCUCAGAGAUGGGGGUGGCCAAAGCCAUCCGCCGUCUCAGUGGGGCUGGUGAUGGGGUGGGAGAACUCAAAGAAGAGGAAUCCAUAGAAUCGCCCACCAGCUGCAGCAACGGCAAGCCUGCCCCCAUCCGGCAGCGCAGCCGUUUUGUGAAGAAGGACGGCCACUGCAAUGUGCAGUUCAUCAAUAUGAGUGAGAAAGGCCAGCGGUACCUCACUGACAUUUUCACCACUUGCGUGGACAUACGCUGGCGGUGGAUGUUUGUCAUCUUUUGCCUCUCGUUUGUGGUGUCAUGGUUUCUCUUUGGCUUCACAUUCUGGCUCAUCGCUAUCCUUCAUGGGGACCUCGCCCCUGACCAACCACCAGACUCAAAGCCUUGCUUCUCAGAGGUCACCAGCUUCAUGGCUGCCUUCCUCUUCUCCCUGGAGACCCAGACGUCCAUCGGGUAUGGCUUCCGCAGUGUAACAGAAGAGUGUCCAUCAGCUGUCUUGGUUGUGGUGUUCCAGUGCAUACUGGGAUGCAUCAUUGAUGCCUUCAUUAUUGGUGCAAUCAUGGCCAAGAUUGCCAAGCCCAAGAAGCGCAACGAGACCCUUGUCUUUAGUGAUAUGGCAGUGGUGGCCAUGCGUGAUGGGAAGCUUUGCCUCAUGUGGCGUGUGGCCAACCUGCGCAAGAGCCACCUGGUGGAGGCCCAUGUCCGGGCACAACUGCUGCAGCCUCGUGUGACCCCUGAAGGAGAAUAUAUCCCCCUAGACCACAACGAUGUCAAUGUAGGCUUUGACAAUGGUACAGACCGCAUCUUCCUGGUCUCCCCAGUGACAAUUGUGCACGAAAUUGAUGCUGAAAGCCCCCUUUAUGAGUAUGGGCCUGAAGAUCUGGCUGAAGCUGACUUUGAACUGGUGGUCAUUUUAGAAGGUAUGGUAGAAGCCACGGCAAUGACUACACAGUGCCGUAGCUCCUACUUGCCCAGUGAGCUGCGCUGGGGACACCGCUUUGAGCCUGUACUCUUCGAACGACGUGGCCACUAUGAGGUUGACUACCAACACUUCCACCGUACCUACGAGGUGCCUGGAACUCCAAAUUGCAGUGCUAAAGAGCUGAGUCAGCGCAAAUACAGGGCGCCCCCUGCAGGAGCCACUGCCGCCCGUGCCUCCUUCUGCUACGAGAACGAGGUGGCGCUCAUCUCCUGCCGUGAGGAAGAAGAGGAAGACGAAAGGCAGGGAAGCAGGCGGGUGAGCCUGGAGAACGAGAUGUCCACCACCACGUGACACCAGUCACCAGUGUCCUUGGACUGAGAAGGGCUGUGGGCAGUUGGGGAAGUAACGCCAACACCACGCUUUGCAUAGUUGGGCAGCUGAGGUAACAAUCCAUAGGAUAACACUUUCACACUUCACCCAUCCUGUCCCAAAAAACACAACCGGCUUUCUGAACAAGGGACCGUGUUUGUAUCACAAACUGUUGGUUGGGAAGGGGCAAUGCCAUUUUCUGGCAUGUGGGCCAAAAUGGCGGCCCUAGGAGAUACCGAAGGGUCCCCCGUGAUCAAGCACCGAAGAGGGUUAACGAAAUACUGAGGGAUGGAAGCAAACCAAAUGUAAUAAUCACAACAAAGAAACAUGAGCAAGAAAAAUA